UUAGUCAUAUGGACCAAUGAGGUCUUAGCCAAGAAGUAAUUAUACUUGAAUGAAUCUGAUCUACAAUACAAUAAUAUUGCUACGGAAAAUCUAUUUGUUUAUCUAUAGUGAUUUUACACAUUUUUACCCAUGACAAAAUAUGCAAUUUUGCCCCUUGAUUAACAUAUCGAAUAUGACAAUUUACCCCCAAGGGCCAAAUGCAUAUGAUCAUCAAACAAACCAGUCUUUUCACCAAAAAAUUUUAAAAAAAACAAAUAAAUAAAAUAAAAAAAUCAAACAAACCAGUCUUUUCUGGCGUCAAACCUUGGUCUUUUGGAGAAUCGUCAACCUUAGCAAUUUGCCCAAUUGACCUACGUUUACGUUUCUUUUCUUCUGAUUGCAUAAACCCUAAUUUAGUAACGCCUUUCAAUUUCCAAUUCGUUGAUGAACUCAAACACCUAUCUAAUUUCUUCAUAAAUUCAUGCGAUCAAAGCAAUAAUUAAUCAGUACUCCAUUGUUUCUAAUUUAGUAUUAGAAAAAACUCAAUUAUCAGUUGAUCACAGGAACCGUCGAAAUUUUUAAGUAUGUUGUUUGAACUUGUCGAUUGGGAUCUUAUCUUCAGCAAUUAGGGUUUAUCUGGGAAAUUGAUUUGGUUUUUUUUUUUUUUGGGUUAUAUCCCCCUCUGGAAAUGGGCAAGAAUGUGAUUUUGACAACAAUUCUAGUGAUUCUGCUUGUUGCCGACGUUUCAAAUGCUGCCUUCUUGUGGAAUUCCCGGAUAUUAGCCGCCUCUCCGCCAAUUGAAGAUCCCAAUAAACCAGGUACUCCGAUUCCGAUUCCGAGUCCGGUUGUACCCGGGAAACACUCAAGCUCAGUUGGUGGAGAGGAGAAGGGUAAGGAAAAGAAGCAAAUUGGGCCUCCUCCAGCUACUACAGCCGGGAAGGAUGCCUCUAAGGAUAAGCAGGCGACAAAUGAUACACAUACGACGCCUGUUACACCGCCAAUUGAAGCUAAAGAACAUAAUAAUACGAGUAAGGAAGCUGUGAAGGAUCAAGAAAAGGACGAGGAGAAGAAGGAGGAAGAGAAGGAGAAGGCAGAAGAGAAAGAGGAAGAUAAAAAGGAAAAGGAGAAGGAACAGAAAGAGAAAGGAGAAGAGAAAAACAAAGAGGUACCAAAGGAGAAAGCAGAGAGCAAACCUGCUGUACCCGUUGGAAGCGAUGAGAGCUGUGAUAAGAUAGGAAGAAGGUGCCAGGACUUGAAGUCGAUGACUGCUUGUGUCAAGAGUUUUGAUUCUGAUUCAAAGGCUUUGGUCCUCCUCAUACAGAACAAAGGGGAUAUUAGCUUGAAAGUGGAUGUCUCUGCAAUGUCUUCUGGGAGUAAACAGAAGGUGAUAACUGUCCCAAAGCUUCAGAAUAAACAGGUGGAAAUGUCACUGGCUGAUGGUGGAAUCAAUGAGAUCACACUAAAUGCCGGUAAUGGAAAUUGUGUGCUACAUGUAGGCACUCCUGCAUCACAAGGGAAUUAUUUUCAAUUACUACCAUCAUAUUCCAAGUUCAUGACUCCUACAUAUGGUGCCUACUUGGUUCUAGUGAUAACCUUAAUAGCUGGAGGGGUGUUAGGUUGUUGCUGGUUCAGUAAAAGGAAAGGACAGCGUGAUAUCCCAUACCAGGAACUCGAAUUGAGUAUGCCAGAAUCAGCUGUUGCUGCAGAAAGAGCAGAAACAGUAGAAGGAUGGGAUGAGGUUUGGGAUGAUGACUGGGAUGAAGAGAAUGCUGUUAGAUCACCUGGAGGCCAUAGAAUUUCUGCAAAUGGUCUGACAGCCCGGAACUCGAAAAAAGAUGACUGGGAAGAUUGGGAUGAUUAGAAAUUUUUGGCAACUUUAAAAUGUGUAAUGUGGGAGUUUUGCAUAGUAAAACAUGUAGGGGUAAAAACCCUUUAUUAUAGUACCAUGUGUUUACAUAUAGUAUAUAUAUAGUGGGUUUAUAGUGAAAGCAGCUUGAGUUUUUUGACAUUUUAUUUUUGAUGGACAGUUUUUUGACAAUUUUGACCCCAUGUAUAUGCAAAAGUUGAUUUAUGGAAGUUUUGAUUGAUUCCUAUAGUUA